UCGAGGAGUGUCCGUUUCCCCCAAAUCUGUAAGUUCCCAGAACCCUAAUUUCUCAAAUUAAUUCUUGAUUUACUAAUUUCUUCGACAAUGUUUCGUUCUCUAUGCAAAUCAUUGUUUCACAAUAGGGUUCUUUACGGGGGUAAUUCAAAACCCCUUUCCAUAUGCUCAAAUUUUAUAUCACAAAAUCAUUAUUUUCUUCUACUUCAAAUUUCUGGUAGAUCCAUUUCUUCUUCCUCCUCCAUAGAUCAGAACGAUUCUUCUUCAUCUUCUUCAUUUGUUGUUUCUUACUUGAUGAAUUCAUGUGGGUUAACUGAAAAACAAGCUCUCUCUGCUUCUAAGAAGCUUAAUUUCAAAACCACAUCAAAUCCAGAUUCUAAUCUUACCUUAUUUCAAGAUUACGGGUUCACUAAAUCAGACAUCUCCAAAAUCGAUGGCUAAAUCGACCUGGGAAGCAAAACCGAAUACUUACAGGAAAUGGGGUUGGUCAGAAGAACAAAUUCAAUAUGAAUUUCUGGUGUAUCCUAUUUCUAUGAGGUAUUCUGAGAAGAAGAUAUCGGGGACUAUGGAUUUUCUUGUGAAUCAAAUGUGUAUUAGUACAUUGCACAUUGCCAGAUGCCCAGGGAUUUUGAGUUAUAAUUUGGAGAAGAGGAUUAUACCUAGGUCUUCUGUUUACCAAAUUUUAAUCUCCAAGGGUCUAUUUAAGGAACAGAUUUCCUUAUUUUCACUUUUGAAAAUGACUGACGAGUCUUUCUCGAAGAAGUUUUUGUUCAAGUAUGAGAAAGAAGCUCCUGAACUAUUAGAGGCAUCCCAGCAUCGUGCCUUAGAGGUCUCACAAAGCAAUGAAUCGAUCCUUGCCGAGCAAAUUGAACGGACCUAGUUGCUGUCUGUGGGUGCAGCUCCAAGCAAGCAUAUAUAUCAGACAACGAGUCAAUGACAUUCCAUCGUGAAGAAGAGGGAUCAGGUAAUAACAAAUAUUCCAAGAUCAAAAAUGGAAAAGUUCAAGGUUAAAUCAGUUGUACGUGCACAUUCCAUCGUGAAGAAGAGGGAUCAGGUAAUAACAAAUAUUCCAAGAUCCAAAAUGGAAAAGUUUAAGGUUACAUCAGUUGUACGUGCACAUUUCCUUAGUAUCGAAGAAAACAGUACCAAGACUUUAAGUUCUCUGCGUAUUAAUUGCAUCGAAGAAAUCAAGAACCCCGAGGGCGAACAACAACACCAACCAUACACCAGUGCUAUAAAAAAUCUCCAAGGUGAAGAACAGCAAAAUGACUUCUAGGUACUGUGUAUCUGUUAGUUUGGAACAUAUACUCGAUGGUCUGUAUUUGCUGCAAGGGUACUCGAGACAGACGUAGGUUGAUGGUAGAUAGGCUCCUCCGUGUAUUCAGUUUGAUAUUGUUGAAGAUUCAUGAAUCAGUUUUGAAACUAGAUAGAAGUGAUUAGACAUUAUGACAAAGGUGACUCUUAACAAGGUUAUUUAGCCGAGUAAAAGAACUUUUCUUAAGGUUUUGUUAUGUUUUGAGAUCCUGCUAUAAUAUUGUUGAU